CAUGUAGUCGGUCUUGUCACAUGACCACGGAAGGAAGCGAAAAUCUGUUGUUACCUGUCGGUUACCAGAAUAUGGCCGAGAAGAUGGUGCAACCGGGUGAAACGAGAAGUAUAAAUGAUGAGAUCUUGAGCACUGGUGAAAUACUACUUCAAAAUUUUAUCCACGAUCGUGUGUCUCGUGAAGCAGCACUCACAGGAUCAUAUGGUGAUCUGAGUUUUCCACAACUAGUUGACCCAACCCAGAAGCAGCUUGCAGACUGUCUAAGAAAAAUUGGUGACGAGUUGGAUGGCAACAUGGAGCUUCAGCAAAUGAUUAACAGCUCAGCUCUUCAACCAAACAAAGAGGUGUUCUUCCAGGUUGCAGCUCAGAUGUUCAGUGAUGGUAAAUUAAACUGGGGACGCAUAGUUGCAUUAUUCUAUUUUGCCUGCAAGUUGGUGAUGAAGGCUUUAGUGACAAAAUUUCCAGAAAUGGUGAGGACAAUCAUCACCUGGACCAUUGACUACCUCCAUGAGCAUUUGCUGAAUUGGAUCAGGGAUCAGGGUGGUUGGGAGGGAAUACGGUCAUAUUUUGGUACACCUACCUGGCAGACAGUAGGUGUUUUCUUAGCUGGAGUACUUACCACAGUACUUGUCAUUCAUAAAAUGUCAUGAAGAUGGAAAACCUAAAGGAGUGAGGGGAAAGCUACGUUUAGUUCUAUUGGUGAUUACCAGCAACAAACAAAACAGCUGAAUUUGCUUGUCAGUUACCAGAAAGUUAGAAGUCAGCUAAUUUCAACAGAUUCAACUAAUCCUGGUUAUUUUUUUUUCAACAAUCUUUACUUUUCCCUCUCUAUUCCUCUAAAUCUUUAAAUUCCUUUAAUUGGUGGAUGUCAUGGAUACAGAUGGACUGCAUGUCAUAAUGAAGACCUCAUAAUUAUCUUAGAAACUUUUGUAAAAGAUUUGAGUCAUUGGUUUGAUGCCACAUUUUAGUUUAUUUUAUUUUUUUGUUUACAAAUCCAGUUGGGUGGGCUUUAUUUUCAGUGCAGGUAAAUCUUGAAGAAAAACAUGUGAAGAAGACUUUUCAAACAGUGCAUUGCCGCAGAUUGCGGUUGUGCCUUUUUGCCUAAAGAUGAUGUCUUGGAACAAUGCACCCCCCAAAAAUAUGUAUUUUACAUUAAAUUUGCAUUGUAAAAUACUGUUUUUUAAUUGUUCUGUGCAAUUUCAGAUAUUGUGGCACAUCAGCAUUGGAAUACUUGGUGGAUUCAUAAAGGCUAUCUGGGACAACUUUUACAAGAGACUUGUUUCUGCCUUAAAAUAUUCAAAUUGGAGACAUUUGUAUACAGUUUAUUAAAGCAUAAAUUAAA